AGAGAAAUUCCAGAAGAUGAAAACUUGGUUCUAUCUGGUAGUUGAUGAGACUAUUACCCAUAAUCCAGUAGUGGUCGGCUAAAAAAAAAUAAUCAUAGUCUCAAGGCAUGUCUGCUGUCUGGGACGAGCUUAUCUCACCACGAACUCGAGCCCGUUUUCUCAGUUCUGCUGCUGCUGUCCGUUCAAUACAAGUUGUUCUCCUGUAAUAAUCCAUUCGGGUUAUUAAUAGUAAAUACAUAUCAGUAGUGCUCACUCAAGUGACAUCUUUUUUACCGAAAAUGGUUUCUAUUUUGAAGAAAACUUCAAAACUAAUUGGGUUCGUGAUUAUAGUAUUAUUUGCAAACCUGUGUCAAUCACAAGAUGUAGGUUUUCCAGAACGCGGAGAUGAGGAAGAGAGUAAACAAAAUGCUGCAAAACGGAAGCCCAUCUACAUACCAGGAAGAUGUCGCGAAAAUGAACUUCUAUAUCCGGGUGAUCAGCUCGACGAUUGGAUCUGCGAUUGUUCGCCAGGUCAUCUAUUUCACCCUGCCACUGAUAAAUGCUACUCAGCAUAUAGAAAGGGACCCUGUUCCGAAGGAAGCUACCUGAUUUUACCGAAAGAUAAAGCCAUCCCUGAAUGCCAGAUCAACCCAUGUGAACGCGACGGAACCGUGCGUGUUCGGAACGAAUGUUACUCAUUAGGUCAACCGGGACCAUGCCCAUUUCCCGAACUAUCAAAUGUACUGGGCGUGAAUACAACUACAUUAGAACUAGCAUGUGUUAGCCUAUCUGUUGUUUUAAACACCCGAUUUGAUGAUGAUGAUGAUAAAACGCAAACACCAGCACCAACACCAGCUGAUAUCAAUUUGGAUGAAGCCCCUCUUUGCGCCAAGGGCUGCAAACGAUAUAUAAAUGGUACAUGCCCAACCGUAGAUGAGGUUACCACCACAUCGAAACCACUGAUCCAUAAUCGCAUUAUAACCACGCUGAAAUCGAAUCUUUAAUUCUCAGUAUUCGAAUAAGCUAAAGUAUUCUUAGGGUUCAUUUCAAUAAAUGAAAUAGUUCAGGUAUUAAUUUAUAGUCGUAUAAUAUCGUCAUUACCGUUUCGGUUGGAACGCGAUUAUUUAGCAAUAGUAAGAAUGAUUCAAUAUUUGAUUUCUACAAGUUUCACUUUACAUAUAGCCCUUUUCAGUCAAAUUCUUCUCGUAUUCAAUCAAUUUUGUAUCUUUCCUAAGCAAUUACUUAUUUUUUCAAAGCAUUUUCGAACUUUUUUGAGUAUCAUAAAUGAUUUUAAAUUUUAAGUUUUAAGAAAAUAUCUCUUCGUGUCAAUUGCAUAGUAUCGUCAUAAUAUAGUGAACAAUGUAUCUUUAUAAUUCACUAUCUUGCAGUCAAAUUUGAAUAGGUUCGAUACUAUACAAUUUUUAACGAUAUAUUUAUUUUAUUGUAUCUUUCUGGAGAAACUAGGAAUAAGUUUUCAAAUCUCUCUUACAAAUGCUAUAAAAUACAUUGUUUAAAAAGUAAAAUUAUUGUGUGCCUUCUU